AUGAGCGACCAUAAGGAAAGCUCACACGAUGAAGGUGAAUUAUCUGAUGAAAGUCAUAAAAGAAGUAAUCGUGCAUCAAGUUCAGAAGAAGCCAAAUCUACCAGCUCAAGCAAAGAAUCAAAAAUGCGCGAGAGUAUCCUCAGCCGAUUAAGUAAACGAAAACAAAGUGAAAGCGACGACGAUACUACUGAGCAACGUUUUUCGAUUCAGCCAAAAGAUGCGCAAAAAGCUAAGGAAGAGAGAUACCGAGAAAAAGAACGAGAAAGAAGAAAAGAACGGGAGCACCGAGAUGAUAGGAGAGGAGAACGUGAAGUUGAAACGAGACAAAAAGAUCGAGAUUUCAAAGGACGACACGAAAAACCUGGAAGAGAUGUAAAGAGCCAUGAACACAGACACCAUCACCAUCGUAAACACGAAGGAGAUCAGCAUAGAAGACCUGAAAGAGAUCGGUCUUCCGACAGAGAUGCUGAUAAGCAUAGAAGACGUGAAGACCGCAACAAGGACCGACAUAGAAAGUCGAGAACUCCUGAUGAAGAUCAACUUAAAGGAUCUCCUAUCAAAAAGCCACGACAUACUAAUAAUCAAGAAGAAGCAAAACUUUUUGAUAGAGUUUUGGAUCCGAAUUAUAAAACAAAAGAAAAAGAGGUUUUGGUAGUGGAAGAUGUUGAAAUGUCGCCAAUUGAGAUAUUAGAAGAAAAGGAUGAGAAGGAAAUCGUUGAAGUAAUCAUAGAUUCCCCAGUUGGACCUAAGAAGUAUUCAAAAUUCGAAAGUGACCCUGAAAGUGAUCAUGAUGAACAAGGAAAAGUUGAAUCUGAAAAUGAUGAUGAAGACGAUGAUGUGGUCGAAGUUCUUGAUGACCCACUGAACUCUGACGACGAAAGCGAUGAUGAUAAAUACAACAGAACUCCCGAAGACAGGGAGUGGGAAGAUAUGACUGAAGCUGAGCAAAGACUACACAGGGAGGCAAUGAAGAAACGACAUGCUGUUCGGCAAAAAGCACUUAUCUCUCAGCUCCCAGUUUUCUAUCCUGGGCUUAUGGGAUGUAGAAAUAUCGAUGAGUAUGAAUGUGUCAAUCGGGUUGACGAAGGAACUUUCGGAGUUGUUUAUCGUGGAAAAGAUAAACGGACUGACGAGAUUGUUGCGUUGAAACGUUUGAAAAUGGAGAAAGAAAAGGAGGGAUUUCCGAUAACUGCUCUCCGCGAAAUCAACAUGUUACUGAAAGCUGGAAAUCAUCCGAAUAUUGUUAACGUGAAGGAAAUUCUGCUGGGAAGUAAUAUGGAUAAAAUUUAUAUGGCUAUGGAAUUUGUGGAGCAUGACAUGAAAAGCCUUUUGGAUACAAUGUCUCGUCGAAACAAACGUUUCUCCAUAGGGGAGCAAAAGACUUUGAUGAGCCAACUUCUCUCUGGAAUUGAGCACAUGCACCAAUUGUGGAUUUUACAUCGUGAUCUUAAAACUUCCAAUCUUCUGAUGUCUCAUACGGGAGUAUUGAAAAUUGCCGACUUCGGUCUAGCAAGAGAAUAUGGUGAUCCGUUGAGAAAAUUCACAUCAAUAGUGGUGACUCUAUGGUAUCGUUCGCCCGAACUGCUCCUCGGCACUCGAUUGUAUUCAACUCCUGUUGAUAUGUGGUCUGUUGGAUGCAUUAUGGCUGAAUUCAUAUUACUGAAACCGUUGUUCCCUGGUCGUGGGGAACUAGAGCAGAUCAAGAAAAUUUUUAUGGAAUUGGGCACACCAACUGAAGCUAUAUGGCCUGGAGUGACUGAAUUGGACGGAUGGAAGGCGUUGACUUUUGAGAAGUAUCCAUAUAAUCAAUUGAGAAAAAAGUUCCUCGCUGGCAGACUUCUCAACGAUACAGGUUUCAAACUUCUUAAUGGUUUGUUGACCUUGGAUCCAAAAAACAGAUUCUCAGCCUCUCAAGCUCUCGAUCAUGAAUGGUUUACAGAAGAGCCGUAUCCAGUACCACCAGAAGAAUUUCCAACGUUCCCCGCAAAAAGUGAGCAGAACAAAGCUCCACCCCCAGCAGCCAAACCGAAGCAGCCAGAAAAUCGUAUGGCGCACGUCGAUCCUGAAACUGCAAAACUUUUGAAACAAUUUGAAGUUCGACCGGAACAAGUGAAACCUGGGGGAUUUUCUCUGAAGUUCGAUCCAACAAGAUUUUGA